AUGAACUCGGUCACGCGCUUGGGCUCUUCCACACCAUGUCACGUUACGAUCGUGAUGAAUUUAUUACAGUCGUUCUUGAUAAUGUUGUGGAAGGUUUCGUGGAUCAAGUACGUGAAAGAGACAAAUGAAACCACUACCAACUAUGGAUUUACCUAUGAUUAUGGUAGCAUUAUGCAUUACGGAGCAGCCAGCGCCUCUCACAACAAGAAACCCACAAUGGUAGCCAAUGAUACAAGGUACCAGGAGUCGAUGGGCUCGCAGAUCAUUUCGUUCAUUGAUAAGUCUAUGAUUAACGAUCACUAUAAUUGCAAAGCAAAGUGCCCGAAUGCGACCUCAGCGAAGUGCCAAAAUGGAGGAUUCCCUCAUCCACGAAACUGCUCCGAAUGUAUUUGUCCAAGCGGCUAUGGUGGCGCACUUUGCGACAAGCGACCGCCCGGAUGCGGAGAUACAUUGAAAGCGACAGAGCGCAAGCAGAUCAUCGUCAAAAGACUUGGUUUUGGUGGUGGUGUGAGGGACGAGUUCGAGUUCUGCAACUACUGGAUUGAGGCUGAUGAAGGAAAGAAGAUUGAAAUUACGGUCAAAUCUAUUUCACACGGCUACGCUCAUGACGGCUGCAUUCUAGGAGGCGUGGAAAUCAAGACCACUGAGGAUCAGACUCGAACUGGAUACCGAUUCUGCUCACCAACCUAUCGUAAUGCAACGCUUGUUUCGGCCUCAAAUCGCGUGCCCAUCAUCAUGUUCAACAGAGCCGGCCAGCAACAAUUUAUAUUGGAAUACAAAAUCAAGUCAUAA